GGAAGACAUGCGCUUUGCGGCAAAGUCCUCCUUUUCUCCACACACGCUUCCAAGCCUCGGCACAUCUCCUCACAUCGCUACUAACUACACUUUAUUCAUCCUCCGUGUCAGGAUAAACUCCACUCGUCUCAGCCACAUUUGGAGAUUAUUAGGCCCGCUUAGCUUGAUAGUUGUUUGAGCGCGCCAAUUAGCUUAGCAUGCUAGUUAGCUUAGCUUGUUAGCCGCUAACAAAGAGACGCGGAUUUGAUCAACACAUCGCUUAGUUAAGAUCAAGUGUGAGUGUAAAGUGUUGUGAUUGUGUGAAAAUGUGCGAAAGAACGAUAGAAAAGUAUAAGGAGGAACUUUGUUGUGUGAAAAUGUGUGAAAGAACGAUAGCAGAGUACAAAGAGGAACUUUCUCGGACAAAAGAAGAGAACGAGAGACUACGUCAACUAUUGGAGGCUGUUUUCAAGAAACCUCAAGUUGUGUUACACAGAACAGACCUCAAUGAAGCACAUCGUCCUCGUGAGCAGGAGAAGGAACCACAGUCCCCCCACAUACACGAGGAAGAAGAGGUACCACAUUCCCAACACAUCAAAGAGGGAGGAGAGGAGCCACAACCCCCCCACAUUAAAGAGGAAGACGAGAAGCCACAGACCCAUAAUGUUAAACUGACCCUUCACAUUAAAGGGCAAGCGGAGGACCCACUGAUCUUACACAUCAAAAAGGAAGAGGAUGAUCCACUGACCCCUCACUUUAAGGAGCAAGAGAACCUGCUGACCCCUCACAUUAAAGAGGAAGAGGAAGACCCACUAACCCCCUACGUUAAAGAGGAAGAGGAGGACCAAGAGCCGCCGCACAUUAAAGAGGAAGAGGAGGAAGAGGGCAUCAGUCAGCCUAAAUGGUUGGAGGAGUUCCCAGUGACUGGUGUCCCUGUGAAGAGUGAAGAUGAUGAGGUGAAAGGUGAAAGUGAGGAGAGGGGAGGGGGGGAGCCUCCAAGCAGCAGCUCAACACAACACAUGACAACAGAAGCUGAUGGAGACCACUGUGGAGGAUCACAAGCAGACAAGCUCUUAGCUCCACUAUCAGAUAGUGAGGACACAACGUCACACUCUCCUGACACUGAUGAUGAAGACUCUAAAGAUGAUAAGACAUGUCACACUGACAACACUCACUUCACUUGUUCUCUCUGUCACAAAACUUUUAAAUACCAUUGUCGUCUGAAAGUACACAUGAGAACACACACUGGAGAAAAACCUUUUUCUUGCUCAGAAUGUGGUAAAGGUUUUGUUCUAAGUACACAUUUGAAAGUACACAUUAGAACACACACUGGAGAAAAACCUUAUAUCUGUUCAAUCUGUGGUAAAGGUUUUGCACAAAGUCAGGUUUUGAAAAGACACAUGAGAACACACUGGAGAAAAACCUUAUGUCUGUUCAAUCUGUGGUAAAGGUUUUACAGAAAACUGGUGUUUGAAAGUACACAAGAGAACACACACUGGUAAAAAAUUGCAUUCCUGUUCAAUCUGCAACAGAAGCUUUGGUGACCGAUCAAAGCUUGUAGCACACAUGAGAAGACACCCAGGAGAGAAAGUGUUGAGUUGCAGUGUGUGUGGUGAAAGAUUGUCUUCUAAGUAGCAGUGUAAGAAACACAAGUGUGCUGGUGAGAACAGCAGCAGCAAAUGAAACUGCAGGAUUUGAAAUAAACUGUCCAGACUUUCAUUUUGACUUUCUAACAACAUCAGCACAUAUAACAUGUGUGACAUUGUUGUGUGUGUAACACAAUCUUGUUAAUAUGAUUCUAACAUUUAUAGAUUAGAGACUUCAGAUUAGUGCUUUUAUUUCAGUCAAGUACAUGAGUUAAUAUACACAUUUGUGUAUUUUAAAAUAAACAACAAUUUGACUGAAAGGGUGAAAAUAAACUACAUAAAAAAUAUUACAUACAAUAAACAUUUCAAGUGUAGAUAUUUAUAAUUCAGUUUUAUACUUAUUCAGAAUAGUGUUUUAUAUAAGUUUUUUUGAACAAUGAAGUGUUACAUAUUUUGUUUUCUAAUUGUAGAUGAUUCCAUAGAUGAACUCCUUUAUAUGAUAUACAUAUGUACUGGUUCACAUCUGAAACAUCUUCUGGACCACUUCUGGAAGCAUAUUAUUAUUUACUUUAUACAUCAUUUGAACAGUUGUCUUUUAUACAAGAUCAUUUACUUUUAAAAUGUGUGACUUUAUGAAUCAUUUGUUGGGUCUCUAGAAUCCAUUCUAUUAAUUGUCUUUUGUAAUAUGAAUAUUGUUGUGUGAUUGUUUUAUAUGUAUGUCCCCAGACCUUUAUGCAAUAAACAAUGUAUGCUUCCAAUAAAGUUGGGUACAAUAAUUGUAGUUAAUAUUUGUAAGUAUGUAUUUUAUUCAAUUUUGUAUUGCACUGUAGCGGUUGCUUUACGGACAUAAUUCGCCACACCUAGUGCUUGACCUUAUUGUUAUUAUUCACUGUAUUGUUCGAUUGUGCACAUGACAAUGUUGUUCUGUUUCACUGUACUGUUCAAUUAGGCACAUGACAAGGUUGUUCCGUUGCAGGUAAUUCGGGCGGCCCCUUUAAGUGGCCGUCAGGAGAUUCUCCCAAAGGUGGGGGUUUGUUGUUCCCGCC